AUGCGAGCGAGAAAGAGAUUGAGGAAUUGCAUGAGAGGCGCAAGAUGGCGCAUUUUAGCAACACCCCUCCUCCCCUUUUUUGUUUCUGGGUCCUUCGACUUCAUUUGUUUCCCUCUUUAUCCCUCCGAAAACCUAAAAAGCGCAUCCCUCUCCUCUUCUCCUAUAUCUCUUCGCAGCUUCCGUCUCUUCUCGCACAUCUUCGCUCUCUUUCGUGCUCGUCAGAUCUCAUCGGUUUUCUCGCGCUUUUCGUCGAUUCCAGAUCGGAUUCAGGAGUUGGCUAAUUGGUAG